AUGCUGUGGUAUUUACUUUACCCACUAAGAGGGACAACCGAAGCCCCUGUGCUUCCUCCAGACCAUCCUCUGCGAACAGCCUUUUCGCGAUAUGGAACCUGGACUGCCCGCCAUGUCAAGACAGUGCUCCCUUUGUCGGUAGCGCUCGUCUUCUGCCUGCUUUAUCCCAUAUUUUUUCUCUACACAACAGACGCCACCAAUGUUACUAGCGGGGUGUCUAACCUUCCUCACCAUGUCUGGACUGAUGCUCAGCCGCUUAGUGAACGCGCUGUCGCUGAGCCCGACGUCAUCAUGCGUUCCGUCUGGGUGCACGGCAGCUACAUGAAAGCACUAGAUCGCGAAAUUCUGCUGGGAGCCCUGGAACUGCAGGAUACACUAUUGGGACCGACCACCAACUUCAACCCUCGCCGACCGCACGCAUCUCGUAUCUUGCCCAAUGACCCUACGGUUGACAUGACUCGGGACCAAAGGGAUGCUUUCCAUAUCGUCAAUGGUUUGACGGAUCAAUCAUGGUUCUUCCACUCGCCUCUACAGUACUGGGGUGGUUCUGCCGAUAAUAUCGCUGCAGACAGUGAUAUUAUUUCUACUGUCAACGAGAAGAAGACACAGUCAACUUCGGUUAACAUUACCUUGCGGCACUCAUUUGUCUUCAGCGGGAAGCGUUUCGAGGAACGGAGACUUGUUGCGGCCGACGCUCUGGUUAUCACCCUGAUUCAUUUCAAAGAUUCACCCCUUGGUCGACAGUGGGUUCGAAAUGCUGAGAGACUGGCUGCGCAGGUACAUGACAAGUGGACAGUCAUUCCACAUGACGGCAAGAGCAUGGCGAGUCAGUUAUACGAGUUCCAGUUUCGACCAAUGUCAUGGCCGGACUGGUUUCUCUUGACCAUCGCUUACUCACUCACGCUUUUCUACCUUCUUCUCAGCCUUUCCAAGCUCCGCGCUGUCAAGUCCAGAUUCGGGCUCAUGGCUACUAUCCUGGCCCAGAUCGCGGCUUCGAUCGGCUCCAGCUUCACAAUCUGCGCCAUCUUCAAAAUCGACCUGUCUCGUGUCCCAUAUUAUGCCUACCCGCUUGUGGUUCUGGCUAUCAGUAUGGAGAAUUCGUUUCGGCUGAUCAAUGCCGUCAUUAUGACCUCUUCGUCCAUCAGCAUCAGCGACAGGAUAGGAGAGGCCUUCGGCCAGACCGCUUAUGUUGCCAUCCUUAACAGGUUGCAGAACCUGGCUAUCCUCCUCGGCCUAUCCAGGAUCACGUUCCCGGGUGUUGCUGCCUUCUGCACGUUUGCUGCAGUUGCCAUUGUCUUCGAUUUUCUCUACCUCGCAACUUUCUUCCUAGCGGUUCUUAGCGUGGAUGUGCGCCAGCGGGAACUUUACGAGCUGGAAAAGGCUUCGUUGAGGAAAACCAACGAUGUCUACAACAUCACCUUGCUCGAUCGUAUCCGCCGGAUUCGCCAUGGUGGGGCAACCGUAUCAACCCGGGUUGCUGGUACCAUAGUCAUUCUUGGCUUCAUCUUGCUUGCGCAGUCUCACUAUGCGCUAGAGAGCGGCAGCCAGUGGCUCAACUGGAUAUUCACGCGAUCCUGGAGGGUUGCCGAACCUGCCUUCUCCAAGUCUUCACACUUGGUCGACAUCCAUCAAGCCAGAAGCCCUACGUCGUGGCUCCGCCUUCAGGAUCAUGAGACUGCGCGAGAAGUUAUCAACGUGGUCAAGCCUUGGGCGCAUAGUUACGUCGCGCGCGUGUACGAACCACUGGUUUUUGUAGCAAAGGGCGCCAAUCGCAUCCCCCACAGCCCGGAGCCCAUGUUCCUGCCGGCCGUGUACGACUUCAUUCACCACGAGAUUCCGCGCUUCGUGGUGAUCAUGUUGACGCUGGUGGCCCUGCUUCUGCUUCUUACCAACUACCUCCUACAGGGCAAUGACAAGCAGGCAGGUGAUCCUGACCAUCCUGAAAACGAGCCUCUGCUGUCGGUACGAAGUCUCAGUCACGGCCAUGACCUUGACGUCGUCAAGAUGGCUGUUUCGCCAGGCCACAAGCUUGUUUCCGUAGGGCUGGACAGGAACAUUCAGAUCUGGGAUGUACCACUGAACUCGCGGACGCGCGUCAUGUCCGAUUCUGAAACUCCUCUGGAAAAUCCGUUCCCAGUUCUGGCUAUGGCAAUUGAUGAUGACUCGAAGUGGUUGGCUUUACUGACAUGGCAAAGGGUUCUUCUUUGGGAUACUGACGAGCAGCAAUGGGGGUUGUCGAUUGAGGUCGAACUUGGCGGUCACAAACCGGAAGCCAUGUUCUUCAACUAUACGAACAAGACUUUGGAUACGCCGUCUCUUGUUGUCGUGAGGAAGAAUGGCACAAUGUUUGAGCUUGACCUUGAAGGUACGGCGUCCAAGGAGUUUACCAUUUGCAAGACUCCUUUUGCCAUGGCGCUGCCAUUUGCAGAGCCCACCUCUGCAAACCAAGUCAGCCAGUCGCUUUCAAUCCUGACGCUAUCACGCAAAAGCUGCAUCCACAUUGUACGACAGCAACCUGGCGGGUGGACUUCCAAGGAAGUGAAGCUCACGACAGGCGAGGCGAAGGACAUCCACUCCAUCGUCCCUGCACCUGACCUAUCCAUGUACCUCGUCUGCAGAUCCCGCUCGGUUGACCUGGUCGAUCUUGAAUCGUCGGCCGUCAUUCAGACCUUUAACACCGAGCCCAUGGAGCCACGAUCAUUGAAGCUCCUACUAUCCUCUCGUGGAGCUCCGCAGCACGGGCUACCGCCCUUGUCGCUGUGCUACGUCAGUUUGGAGACGGGCGAUCUCGUGAUUCAGACCUUUUACCGAGCAGACGAGGUCGAUCCCAUGCAUUAUCCCAAGGAUUAUGCUCCUGAAGCGCCGAACCAGCCAUGGAAUGAGGAGAAAGAAGUAAAGAAGCGAAUCGAGAAACCAGGUCGCUGGGAGAUACUCCCGAACGGAGGUAUCGUGGGUGUCAGACGAGUGCCUGUGGCCUCCUUGUCGUCAUCACGACGUAGGAGCUUCCGGGCGGUGUCAUCAGGAGUCGGAGUCGGAUACGGUUUGCGACGACGUGGAGCAGGAAGCGGUGGCAUAGCUGCUGAUUCUACCGAUGUCACAACUCCAGACAUAGGCAUGACGGUAUGGGAGGCAUGGGCCUUCAACAAUCUGGAAAGUGCCAAGACCAAAGGUAUCGAGACGCAGCCGCUUGAUCAAGAAGCGGACGGGGAGGACGCCAUGUAUGAUAACUUGUGGGUUUCAGAGCUGGGGCCCAUGGUAAGGCUGGGCACGGCGAGCGUGGCGGUGGGGCUUGGAAAUGUGAUCAAGGUGAUCAGUGUUGGACACGAGCAUUUCGAUAAGGUGGUCACGAGGGACCGGUUGACGGCGGAGAACUUGAGGAAUCAGAAUUAUUUCAGACGGAGGAAGACGGGGUCGGCGGCGCAAAGAGCAAGGGGAGGAUUGGGAGGAGGAGGUGCGGCUGCUGGUAUUGGAGUGUAG